UAAUGUUACUUCAAGUGUUCACGGAGAUGUGUGGGUUGGACAAACGGAAGAUAUUUUUCCUUCAGUUCUAAAAGUUAAUUUUUUUAAAUGUAGAUCAAAUUUUCUUAGAUGUCAGAUACAACAAUAAACAUUGGCUGAUCAAUUGCUAGGCAACAAUAAGAGGACAUAUGCCCUCUGGCUAUGUAAAUGACCAGAAAUAAAGAAAUUCCGUUUUAAUUUUCUCUCUCAAGCAGGCUCGCGCGCACACACACACACAUUUCAUUUCUGUCACACUUGUCUGAGUGUGGGUUCUAGUUUUUUUUCCAUACUUUGAAGGUGCGCGUAUGUGUGUUCUAAAGACUGAGUAAAAUUAAGUGCAAGAUAUUAUCUUUCCAUGAUGUUGGUCUAGCUUGCCAGAUUCAACUCGGAUCCAUCUAGUAGUUGAGCACGUGCGCGUCAUCAUCCUCGUCGUUAGCCUUAUUGUCCUCACUUAUCAAUGAUUCAUAUUAUCAACAACAGCAACAGCACCUUCAGCAUUACCAGUGUUCCAGCACUAGAUCAUGUGCGAAAGAAUCAAUGACCAGCAUCCUCAAUUAGUGAGGAAAACAGACGUUGUCUUAACCUUCAGCAACGGCCUCAUAGUGUUGGCUGUGAUCACGACGCCGCACUUUCGAAGCUUGACUUACCUGCACAUCUGCAAUGUCGCGGUGGCAGAUUUUGGUGUAGGCCUCGGCGCCCUCCUUUCAGGAGCAUGGCCGAUGUGCAGCAUGGACGGGGCCGCAUCUGCGUAUUACAUCGCAAACACUACAUGCAGCUACUCGGCGGCCAUGGCUUCUCUACUGUGUCUGCUGCUGUUAGCCAUAGACAGGCUUGUCUACAUCGUUUAUCCUUUCGUCUACAUCAAGCCACGAACAGCCAAGCUGCUGAAGUUUGCCAUGGCCGCAGCCUGGGGAUUGUCCAUUUUUUCAGGAACAAUGCCUUUGCUGUUGUGGGGCUCUUCCACUGGAAAGUGCAUCAUUGGAAGCGUCGACCUGGAUUAUUACCACUCUGCAUUCCCCGGCAUCUUCCUCCCCGUCUCUGUCAUCUCCACCGCAUGCUACUUGAAGAUUAUCGCCGUCUCCCGCGACCAGCAGAGGCGGGUGGCUCAGUCCUGGACAGUGGCCGGCCACAAGGUGAUUCUUCCAUCGAAGGCCAAGUCUAUCACAGUUUUCUUUCUCAUCAACACCGUCUUCGUCUUGUGUUGGAUUCCGUUUACACUGGACACUAUAAUUUCCACCUGUGAAUACAGGUCUUUGCAGCGCCGUGAACUUCUGUUCUGUAUUGGAAACUUCAGCUCCGUUCUGAACGUUCUUUUGUACUCCUGGAAGAGCAAAGAGAUGCGAAAAAUUUACAGACGAUUGUUGUGCUGUGGUCAGAAACAAGAAACUAACUGUCCUGGCAAUUUCUCGUAAGACUGACAUCACUGUUAUCGUUUGAUUCCUUGUCUAUCGCUGUGCAGGCUUUGGGGUCAACCUGAGAGAACUCUGACCUCAAGCAGAACUCGAAGCGAAAGAAAAUAAGACCUGAAUCGGUCUCUCAAGCUCAGAGACUUCCCAUCUCGGCGCCAUAAAGAGUCUAGGGAAUUCUUUACAUGAUUUUAUCUAAAUUUAGGAUAGCUUAUUAGAAUGCUUUGUGUUUGGAGUCCAUUGUAUUUAUCACGUCAAUAGAUAUGAUGUUUUGAAAUGAAUGUGUUAUCACAGAUAUAUGGAUUGAAUCUUUAUUAAAGCAAAUCCUGACUUAGAGAUUUUGAAUAAACUAUUCGUUUCUAACACAUGGAGAGAAACGAGGAUUAUUUUAGACCAUAUUUAAUGAUUUUAACAAUCUUGUCAUCAAUAUUUGUAUUUUGUGAACCCUUGAAUGCAGAAUGUAUCAGUUUGUUAAUACCUCAUGAGAGUAAAAAGAAUAGAGAAACUAUUAAAAAAAAGGCUGUACAUAUUACAUAUUACACAUCAAAAGAACUUUGGAAUCUUAUUCAAAGCUAACCCUAGUGUAAAAUUACUUUUAAAACUCUGGGUUUCAUUCAUUCGCAUAAUUUGAUGAUCUGGGCAAAUAAAACCAUUCAGAUCCUUGUGAAAUUCAAACUGUUGACAGUAUUUUGCUCUGCUUUGACUAGAGCUCUAUGGCAACACCACAUCUGUAAAAUAAGCGCCCUGCUCGUGGGCGGCUAAACAAGAUCGUCCAGCUAUCAGGCAAAGUGAUCGGCACACAAUUGCACAAUCUAGAUAACAGUAUCUGUCAUUGCUCUACCCCGCUAGUAACCUCGCCUCACGCUCCGUCCAGCGGAGUCACGUGGUACCACAUGGGUCAACCUUGUCCACCAAGUCUUUUGUUCCUGCCAUGCAGCUUUGACAAUAAUUUGUAUUCAGAUAAGACAAUGCAUUGAUUGCAAGGCUGUGUAAUAAAUUAAAGAUAUUAAACGGUUUGUUAGUAACAAUACAGUGUGCUUCUAUUGCACGUGAUUCCAGGACGAGGCUGGCUCUCCGCGCUUUACAUUAAACUGUUUUGAUUGAAAAUUUAACUAAG